ACUUAAACGCCACUCAAAUGAAUUUUCGAAUACCGAAACGCAAAUCAACGCUAAGCGUCACUCAAACAACUGUCAAAUCGUUUUAAGCAGCCGUCAAAUUUGAGAGUGCUUACGCGGUAUCUUAAAUCCAUCAUAAAUCCUAUUCUUUAUCAAAAUAGUGGUAAAUAAUAAUGUCUGUGUCAUCGUUAUCGUCCCUUUCGAGCCUCGAGGAGGAAAUGCCAAGAACUAGACGCAGGAACGCAAUAAAGCUGAACGCUUUUGAAGAAUAUAACGACAUGCAAUUCCGAGCGAGAUUCCGCGUCUCAAAAGAAACAGUGUUGUUUUUAGAAUCACAAUUUGGAAGCUCUUUAAAACCCCUUACCAAAAGUAACAGAGCCAUACAACCAGUGGACCAAAUACUUAUAACCUUACGGUUUUACGCAACGGGAAGUUAUCAACGUGUAAUAGGUGAUAUCUUCCACAUCGAACAGCCAACUGUUCAUCGAAUAGUGCACAAAGUAACAGCCAAAAUAGCUGCUAUGAAAUCACUUUAUAUAAACAUGCCUACUUCAGAUGAAUUUGUGGACAUCGCAAAUGGAUUUUAUGGUAUAGCAGCAUUUCCAAGAGUUGUUGGGGCAGUGGACUGCACCCAUAUAAAAAUUUUGUCACCAGGAGGAGCUCAAUCUGAAGUCUACAGAAAUCGUAAGGGAUAUUUUUCAUUAAAUGUCCAAAUGGUCUGUGAUGCAAAUUUACGAAUUAGAAAUGUUAUAGCAAGAUGGCCAGGAUCUGUACACGACAGUACAAUAUUUAAUGAUUCACCACUGUGUGCACAAUUAGAGCGUGGAGAUUUCGGGAAUAUGGUUAUUCUUGGAGACAGUGGUUACCCAUGUCGGCCCUAUUUACUCACGCCAAUAUUAAACACACAAACUCCUGCUGAAGAAGCAUACAACCGAUCCCAAAUAAGUACCCGGAAUCCCAUUGAAAGGCUUUUUGGCGUCCUAAAGAGGAGAUUUCCAAGCCUACAAAAUGGAAUGGGCCUUAAAAUAAAAAACAUUCCUCCUGUUAUUGUGGCCUGUGCAGUUUUGCACAAUGUUGCUAUUAUUAGACAGGAUAACCUACAAGAAGCAGAAGACUCUUUACCCUAUGUUGAGGAGGAGCCUACAGUUCAAUCUAUUGACCGGGAUACCAACCAAAACUUUUUGGUUAGAUCAAUGAUAAUUAAUACACAUUUUUCACAUUAAAACAUUUAUUUUAAAUAAUAACAUGUACAAUAUAAUGGUUGUGGAUACAACACAAUGUUUAGUUAUUCGCAUCGAGACAUCUUAAAUAUGUUUUUAUAUCAUGAUGUGACUGAGUUUGUUGCGGCGCUUCUU